AUGGCAAUAGAAGAAUAUUGUGGAGAAGAACUGGAGCUGUAUCUGCAGAUAUUGGAUGACGAAUCGUCUUUUUCUACUACUGAACUCAAAGAAAUUGGGGUCCAUGUGAUCGUAGAUUCAUGUGAUAACCAAAGAAUAUCACCUUCUGUGGACGUUGAAGAGGAGGAUGAGAUUGACAGCCAAGAAUCGGAGUGGGAACGGGAUCAUGACAUUGAGAAGUUGCAAGGAACAACAUCUUCUGGUGAUGUUGAAGGGAGGGAUGAGAUUGACAGCCAAAGUGGAACUGAUAGAGUGAUAUUUAAACUAUAUCAUUCCUUUUUGGGUUCAAUUGCAGCCUCUACUAGGGAGCGGUGGAUAACUUAUUUACUAAAGACGUUGCAAGCACGAUAUGUCGUUGCAGGAGCAAGAGGACAGUUGCAAGUUAUCAGGGUCUUGACACAUUCUGAUUAUUUUGCGGUCUAUGAUCAACACGUUCUUCUUCAAAUGGACCCCAGAUCAUGUUUAGGAUUGGUAAAAUUGGCAAAUAACUGGUGUUCGCUUAAUUGGGAGAAGGCCAUACUUAGGUUGUUCUUGCUAGAGCUAAACGACAACCCACGGUCCACAGAGGAGCAGUUCAAUACAUUGAAUGCUGGAAAAGAAGGGAAAUGGGCCAUGAUCUCCCCUCCAAGCAUGAAUAAACAGAGAGAACCAUAUACGAAACGUAUAACCAGAACUGAAGCAUAA